GUCAGAAUCCUCGUACCCAUUAAUUAUCAGAUCAGGACAUGAGAAUGUGAAACCCCAGAACAAUUUCUCUCUCGCGAGGGCCCUGCCCAUCGAGAUCCAAGGAAACCGGAACCUGUUUCCAGUCCGAGAUUGCGGUGAAGAAUAAGACACGGAGACUCGCAAGGUUGCGCAAACGUCGAGUCAAUGAGACAAUUCAUACCUUACUCAGUGCAAGUCGGGGUGAUUCAGAUGACAGGUGGGAAUCCACCGCCCGAACAAAGAAGGUUAGCUUCUGAUGGUGAUAACAUUGUCGCAGAUGUCUUGUCUUUGAAUGCCUGCCAGAUCCCCAGAUUGCUCAACUUGUAGAGCCUCAAAAGUAUGGGUGCAAUUUCACGUUUUGAUCCCGUCUCUGGUCCAAUCGACCUUCGAAUAUGCCGAGGGCUGCCACACAACAGGUGAAAACCUCGUACAGCGAGGAAUCUUGAACCCGCUGGAAGACCGGCCUAUUCAUCAUCGUCGGGGUCAUGUACUCUAUCAUAUUGAUUUGCGUAUCUCGAUGCGUUUCCGCAUCGUCGUCUCAGGCGGGUAGCCGGCGUUGUUGGUUGGCACAGGUCUCGUCUCCAUGCGGAACAGCGGAUGAGUUGGAACGCAACGGUAAUCCGUGAACAUUCCUUCCAACGCACAUUUUUUGGACUUCCCCCUCAUCUGGCAGGGUUUCGCCAAGAGGUUACCCCUCCAUCGGCGAGGUCUCAUCAGUUAGGUGACUUGCCGGUUGCCGCUGCUGUUACCCCGAGACUCUCAUAAGACACGGAAGGCAAGUCGACAUCCGGCCGACGGCAUAGCCUCUAAAGGCAGGAUACCUGAGAAGGGCAGGAGAGAGGCUGAUGCUGAAGAGAAAAACAAUCUGGGCUAGAAUUUACCAGAAACACGAUAUAAAUGGCGG